UACAUUAAAAUACUCGAUCAAUUUUUCGCGUAAUAUAAGUAAUCGCAUAUUUUUCGAUCGCAUCAUCGAAAAAAAUGGCUUCCGGCAAAAGCACCAGAGAGGUUCUAUUGUCUCUCAUCGAUGACAUCGAACUCAUAACAAAAGAAAUGAUAGAAAACACCAUUGCUCAAAAACAGCUGAAACUGUCGAGCGAGGUACACGCUCAGCUGACUGAUUUGUUGAUUGCUAAAGACGAUGAAUUAAAAAUGACUUUGAAACGUGCGGCUGAACAAGCGAAAAUUAAUUUAAAAAUGGAGGCAUUAAAAGUUGAGGUAGAGAGACAGGAUCAAGACAUUCGACAACUGCAGCGGCAACUGAAAGAAGCAGAACAAAUUCUAGCCACUGCAAUUUAUCAAGCAAAACAGAAGUUGCAAUCUAUUGCUCGUGCCAAUAAAAAGCCAGUUCCUUCAGAGGAACUUAUUAAAUAUGCACAUAGAAUAAGUGCAUCGAAUGCUAUUUGUGCACCACUUACAUGGCAACAAGGAGAUCCUAGGAGACCAUAUCCCACGGAUAUUGAAAUGAGAUUGGGAUAUCUUGGACGAUUAAGCGAUCUUCCUUUGAAUGGACAGAUGUUAGGUUCUCAUCCUGGAAUAUCAUCUGAUUUGCAUAGAGCUGGACAUCCUGUGGGUGAACCACCAGUGUCACAGGCCAAUCAAUUUGCAUGGCAUCCCUCUGGUGAAAUACAUAUGUCGGUGAGCGGCCAAGGGAGCGUCGCUAUGAAUACUCACAAACAGGAAACAGAGGAUGUGGAAGUUAUGUCCACAGAUUCGUCGAGUAGUUCUUCCAGUGACUCUCAAUGAUUAUCUGUUUGCAAUGAUAGAUCAUGGACUGAACUUUGUUUACUUAUUAUUAAAUAUUUAUAAAAGACGUAACAGAAGAAAUAAAUUUUGUACAAACAUCUAACAACUUCUAAGCGUUUAAGUUAUAGUCGAUAUUUCAUAAUAUAUGACUUUUGAAAUAUUUUCUGAAAAAGUGAUAACGAGUGAAAGGGAUCUCUGUAGAAAUGAAUUCAAAUGGAAUUACAUGUUUGAAUAGUUUGAAUUGUAUCUUAAAAUUACGAUGAAGUGAAGAAACUAAGAUAGAAAAUUCUCUAGAGAGUUAGGUAUAAUAAACACAGUCAUACGACACAAUAUUUUUAUCGUUCUUUAUGCUGAAGAAAUUCAU